AUCUCAGAAUGUGCGGCUCGGGCGGCCGCGUGCGCGCCGCCUGUUGUUAGCUCCCGACGUUGUCGGGACUCUCUCUCGUCACGCUCUUGUUGACGGCGUGUUGCUGUGACGCCGCCGCGCUGCUUCGGUCGUCGCGCUCGACUCGGCCACGCCGACGUUGGCACGCCGAAGCCCCGGCUUUGACAAAUAGCCGCUUCGCGAAGAACAGCACACACCAAGCAGCAAGAUUUGCAAGCAAGCAAGAUUUGCGCGCUCUCCUCGCCGGUGAGUGCUGGAGUUGGAGACGGUUUCCGCGGCCAAUACAUUCUUCAUCGUUCGAGACUGUUCGCGUUGAGUCAGCACCAGUGCCUGUUGCUCGCAGCGGUGGCGCCAGAGGAGGUCAAGUGCAACGCGGAUAAAAGGGCCUCGUGCCGAGUUUGUUGUGAGAAUCGUCAUCGACGUUGUCUUCGCUUGUUUUGUUUGUGCCGUUCCAUGACAAGCAAACCGUGGCCCCGCCAGCAGCGCGGCAGGGCUCCUGGGCUGUCGACUCGAAUGACGGUGUCACUGGGGCAAGUGAGCGGGCUCACUGGUUGUGGUGGCGAGCCUUCGCUGUCCCGUGGCGGCGGCCUCCGCGCUGGGCGUGGGAAAUGCUAUGACUCUGGGGUCUGAGCCGGCAGCGCCCACCACGGGGAUGGCAACGUCAGCGGAGAGCACGGGGCCCAGUUGCUUGCGCCAGUCCUGGGGGUCAUUCGGCCAACGACGAGUGCGACCACCCAAGAUAGGCGAUUUGCCACGGCCGCCGUGCGUGGAAGACUGCGGUGAUGAUGACGAGCCCCUGCGUGACAAGAUCCCAACGGCCCCGACCACGACAGCCGCCUCGCCGCCCCAUUGCUGCGCGGAGCUGCUCGAUGGCCUCUGCCUGGGCCGCCUGAGCGACAGCAGCAGCGGUAGCGGCGCAGGCAGCUCUCCCACGGCGCAGCUGAGGAACCGCUACCCGUGGGAAGGAGUGGGCGAGGACCCCGUGCGCGAGGUGGCCGUCGCCGCUGCCGUCAUGCCCGCACAGAGGCAGCCCCGAUUCUCCACGACCUCCUCCUCGUCGGCCGCCUCGACGCCUGACGAAGGCAGUAGUGGCGCCACCUCGUCCUUGUCGGUCGCCGAGGAGAUUGAAAGGCUGUCGCUGUCGCCAUGCCGGCGUGUGUCGAGCCCGUUCCUGGCGGCGCCGGAGCUGGUGCCGCCGGACGUCUUCUUGCCGCCGUCGUCGCCGCGGCAGCAGCAGCGGUCGCCGUCGCCGCAGCGUCUACCGAACCCCGACAGCCCUCCGCCGGAGGCUUCCGCCAUUGGAGACCUGCAGCGAAGGCGCCGACUGCCGCGCAUCACCUACUCAAUGUCUCAGGACUCACACCUCGUGGGUCCUGGUCCUGAGCGGGCGCUGUAUCCGGCACUCCCUUACUCACCGUUCAGCUCGCCUUCGUCCUCGCCCAGGCUCGGCCGUAGUAUACGCGAGUCACGCAGGGUCUCCAUCGAGGCCCACAAGGGUUACACGCAGCUCAACCAGUACAGGCUCAAGGAGGAGAUCGGACAGGGUUCCUUUGGUAUUGUAAAGCUGGCGUACAGUGAAGAAGACGACAGCCAUUAUGCAAUGAAGAUCUUGUCCAAGAAAAAGCUUUUGAAGAGGGCUGGCAUGUUUGGACGCAAGCCGCCCCCUCGCAAAGGGCGCAGCAAUAGCUCCUGCAAUCCUUUGGACCAAGUUUACCACGAAAUAGCCGUCCUUAAAAAAUUGAAUCACCCAAACAUCGUCAAGUUAGUUGAGGUUUUAGAUGACCCUGAUAGCGACAACCUGUACAUGGUCUUCGAAUUUCUCGAGAAAGGGCCGGUGAUUGAGAUUCCGACGAGUACGCCCCUGUCCGAGACUCAAGCGUGGACCUACUUCAGGGACGUCGUGCUGGGAAUUGAGUACCUUCAUCACCAGAAGAUUAUCCACCGUGACAUCAAACCAUCGAAUCUGCUGCUGGAUGACAAAGGAACAGUUCAGAUUGCCGACUUCGGCGUGUGCAACCAGUUCGAAGGCGUGGACGCCCUCCUGUCUGGCACAGCGGGCACUCCGGCCUUCGUCGCACCGGAAGCCCUCAGCGAGAACCGAAGCGAGUACAGCGGCAAAGCGGUGGACGUGUGGGCGAUGGGCGUGACGCUCUACGCCUUCGUGGUGGGCAAUGUUCCCUUCCACGACCCCAGCGUGCUCAUCCUGUACAACAAAAUCCGAAACCAACCUCUAGUUUUUCCCUCCAACAUCAGCAUUGAGCUGCAAGACCUCCUUUCACGCAUGCUGAAGAAAAACCCCGAUGAGAGGAUAAUGGUUCCUGAAAUUAAGGUGCAUCCAUGGGUGACCCGAAACGGCACGUUCCCGAUGCCGUCUGAAGGCGAGAACUGCGUCUUCGUCGAAGUCACGGAGGAAGAGAUUGACAACUGCGUGCGCACGAUCCCGAAGCUGGACACGUUGAUCCUGGUUAAGAGCAUGUUGAAGAAGCACUCGUUCGGGAACCCUUACAAGGACUGCCCCCGGCACCGCGCCCGCUUCACCAAAGCAACUCGUUCCAAUUCAGCACCUUCCUCCUUCGACGUGUUCCUCGAAAGGAAAGUCUCUCUGGAAAGUCCGCUGCCCGCCCUCAACGAAAUCAACUUCCUGGACCAGACAUAGCGGCAGCUCGAAGAGUGGGCUGCCGCAACGCCGUUGGGGCUAUCUUGACCGUUGGUGGAUGGCGGCCAGCGAUCCUGCAGAAGUCGGCGACGAAGAUGACGUCGACGACAAAGACGAUGACGAUGAAGCAAGAAGCCGUCAUCUCAUGCACGACUCUCCGGUGCAAACGCAGCCGCGACGAACGGACUUUACGCGCUGCGACUGCCCGGUGCCUAUACCUCCGCCAGCAGCAUUACGCCUCACGCCCUUCAUCAUACGCGGUUGGCGCGACUGUAGCAUGAGCUGUCUUCAUCGCCGCAUAGUAGACACAAAAACCUCUCUACACCAUGCCACAUUUUCAACCCUUGCCUACACUUGACCGGAGUGUAGUAGCUUCACACCGAUUGCCCCAUCUUUUUGAUACCCUUCUUUUUAGCGAUUGACUCUUCGUAGCUGUGAUGUCGCAGGCGCCAGCAGUGGCAUAUACUGUAGAUGCAGCGCUUUGGUAAGGUUAUUGUGCCGUUUGGCUGGUUUUUAUGAAAAUGAUGCCGCGUCAUUCUCGAGCUGUCAGUGCUUCUGUGCGCGUACGAGACCGCUGCAUUUCGCGAAACGACACUGUUCAUGCGUUCGAUAACCUGCGUACGAAUGCCUUUGCAAUAUAAGGCUGAUUUGCGUUUCCGUUUAAGACAAGCCAGUGCCGUGUAAUUGCCUAAUUUACGUUCUGCAUUCAGAGGCACCUGUAAAUGGAAGCACCAUGGACUUAUAUAUAUCUACCAAAUGAUGUGUUUCAGAGCCGAUAGCUGAAUGACCCCCUUGAACUGUUUGAAUGCACCGACCAAACGCUCCUUCUAAUCUGGGGUUGAGCGAAAAUUCCGGUGACAAAGUUGAAGACUGCAACCCAGUUCCUGCUAAGUGUGAAGUAAUGAAACCAAGACUGGUAACAUGGACAAGCUUAAAAGAAAAGAGGCCCUACCAUUAGUAAUAAUUUUUUACUGCUUAUAAUGUACAUACAACAGUCACCAUUCUCCUUACAGGGGUUACUCGGAAAUUUUAUCAGCUCAACUAUGUCAAAUGUCAUCCCUUACUUCUAAUGACGCACAUGUAACACGAAACACAUUAAACCACACUCAACUUUGCACAACCAUCUGUUCACUUGUACAUAAGCCGCUAUUGUGUGUUGUCUCGAAUCAGUGUUUCCGAAGCAUUUUCUACUCAAGAGUAUUUCCACUUAAGUAGGGCACUUUGGCACUCUCAAGUAACAUUUCGGUCCGUCGCAUUCCCUGCGACUUGCGCGGCUCAUACAAUGUGGCCCCAUGUUCUCUGCAAAAGUCGCACUUUAUUAGAAAAUGCAAUUUAUUCUACUGUCUUUCCCAACGUUAUUGCACCUGGCUGAGCAAAUUGUUCAUACUAUAGUCGGGUAGAACUUUAGAAAGCAGCGGCAUUUGUCCCUCAAAGGCGUAUGCACACGAGCCUGCACAAAUGGGCGCCCACUCUAGACUGACGUCAUGAGCCGAACAGCCGGUGACCCCGGCGACGGAGAGCAUGCAGCCCGCGCUUCGAGCGGGGCCGAGUCGCGCCAGCGGGUCUAUUUCUUUAGUCGCGGAGGCAAUCGGCUGCUGCGCUUCGGUCACCGGGGCGGGGCCUCUCCUCUCUGCUUAAACUGUACCCGACUAUAUUGCAUCAUGCGUUUCAUGCUGUGUUAUGUGCCACGCAACGACAAAGCGUCGAAUGCACAAAGAGAAGAAGCCCUCUUUGUGGUCUCACCGCUGCAGUUUACCACAAUACACAGAUGAUGUAUUGGACAUUCGUUUCAUGCAAAAGGUGCUUAUAUUCCUCUUUCCCUUUUAUGCAUCUGGGUAAAAAAUUUCCACCAAUUCACUUUCACAGUUCUUGCGCCAGCAGCCCAGGGUGCCCUUUAGCGUGAUCACCAAGAAAGAUCUCUUUCUACACAAUAGGCAAAAUGCGAUUGCAAUUGUAGAGCAUCUGUCGGUAUUUAUCCGUUACCUUUCGAGUCGAGUCACUGUUUCCCCUGAUGUCGUACGCAGUUCAGACUAAAGUAUACUGCCACACAUACUACAUGGCGGUAUAGGUUGAGGGAUCAAUACACUUGUACAGUCUUUUAGUACGCCUUGCACAAUCCCAUCUCUCGCAGGUUAAGAAUUUAUGUGUGAAGUGUUCUGCCCUGAUGACCUUUUACCAAGAAUUAGCGAGGUUAGCCAAACGAAAGGUAUUUUUAUCCAUUCUUAUUAAUUUCGAUCAUACCAAACGGCACUAUACAAAAUUUCUGCCUUAGCCAGAUGCAGAACCAAUUUACACUUCAUGGUGGUAAUAGCGCCUCACUAAUUAUACCAUGGGGCUUUACUCAUUAAAUUGCUAGCAUAUUGUGCUGUGCCGACACAGAGUUUAUGUGAAAGCGUAUAAGUUUCAAAAUUAUUGCGCAUAGCAUUACAGCUGGUUUUUGGAAAGCAAUAAUGCAUCGGUAGACGCAGGGUCGAUAUGUGCAUACCUCAUAUAUUUGUCUGCUUCUUAUCCUGUACAUAUAUAUGCCCUUGCGGUGACUGAUCCGUUACGAGUAAUUUGAGGCUGCUCUAUUUCUUUAGUGUCGAAUGUACUUCGUCGUAUGUAAUGGAGAUGUCACGCUUCAGCCGCCUGAAAGGUGCCCUUUUAGUGCUUCUAGCACUCGUGGCUAAAAAAACAAACUUUCAAUAAGGCAAGUGCAAAACAAACACAACGUUCUAGUUUGCCUGCAAAAAAUAGCUCUCCCGGUUUUUGCAUUCACUAAUCUUCGCUUUGAAGUACGAAAAUUGUUGCCUUAGCCCAUUCACAUAUUCUCACUAGGCGCUGAAAUGACGGUGGACUGUGCAGUUUUUUUACUACUACGAUAUUGCACUAUCUGGCCAGUUCUUAGUCGUCAAGCACACUGUAAUCCGAGCUGCAAAUCCAUGCUACAACACAACUUCUUGCUAUUUCUAUAUACCGAAGCUUCGCUUGUAGCUAUGGCACGCCUCAUGUAUUCGGAUGAGAACGAGGCUCUCCUAUUAUGCAAGUCGCCAAUCCUUAUGCAUUUGGCUCUGCUAUUCAUGUAGAUUUAUUUUUACGCUUUUCAAACGUUCCCGUGUGCAUUAACUAAUGUUAGGCAUAGCUUUUUUGUAUAACCGCAGGUAGUUUCUUUCGCAGCCCUGAGUCACGGACUCUGCCUAGUGCUACCAAAUACAUUAGGGUAAAGAUUUACAUUGCCAUUGCCCAGCGCCACUAGUUCCAUUAGACAUGUUGUCGCCCUAAGGGUAUCCUCGGACUCCUCUAUUAUUUGAAAUUUUUCUUUCUCGUUUUUGUGUCGUGAACUGUGCCAUGUCGGAGAACAAUCUGUGCACUGUAGCUAGAAUUUGCAUAUUAAGCACGCCAUAUAGUUAUUAGGAGCACACGUAUAUUGUUACGCCACUUGUCACCGACGAGACGAAAACUACACUCGAACAUGUCUUGUUCUAUACAAAACCCUUCGCUCAUGGUGCUACAAGUAGAGUCAGUUUGAUGUCACGUCCCACGUUCAUCUCGCAUCUUUGGGCACAACCUGUUAACAGUUCGGCCUCACUUUAGUGUUCUGGAUUUAUACGCAAUUACCAACCACAUUUCCUUGUCAUAUGACUGAAAAGGUGGGGACACCCAUCAAAAGCACAGUGGACAGAAAAAAUAGAUGUCAUUACAUGUUAGAGGUUGGAAAAAGUAAUUUUGUAACGCUGCGUUCAACUGUGAGGUGUUUUUCACAUGACCUCCAAUUUUUUCCUAGAAAUUCAGGCCAACAUUUAUUUGUAUUAUUUGUCGUCUUAGAACCAAUUAUAACGAGAAUUUCGCUACUAGUAUCUCACAGUAUGCUCCGGUAUACGAGUACUCAUGAUGGUAAGUGUUACUCUUUACGACCUUGAAACACAAGUGAUUCACAUCAAACAUGCCUUAUCACUUGAUCCUGAGCGUCUUUAACAAUCAUUGCGUUAAGGCUUGUCGUUACGCGUUUACGUUUCACUGACGACAAUGCUACGAAGCAUUUUUUUUCAAAUGCACUGUACUUUGGAAUUAUUGAUUAAUUAUCCGGAAAUACUUAUUUAUAAAAGCUUCGCCAGCGUCGCUAUAGAAGUAAGGCGGGAGCUAUAGCUGCACACACGACAAGCACAUCUUUAAUAGUCGGUGCCAGAACAUCGGCAAUAGUAGAGCUUUUAUUUAUCCCCGGCUAAUAUGAACAUUACUUUCGCGUUUGAAAAGCAAAUACUCUCAUUGUUUUUGCUCGAAGUCACUCAGGAAUUGCUGUGUGUGCGAGUUGCAGGCAAAGUAUUAUGGUGAACAACUUUGAUUUUGCUAAACUCUCUUGAUAAGGUUAGCCAAAACACCCAGCACUACUCAAUUUCUCGAAGUGUGCUUGGUUGAAAUUACAAAAUAGGCCGUAUAUAGCAUUUCCGUGCUCUUCCCUGAAAAAAGAAGCUUAGCUUGUCGAGCAUUAUGUUCACCCUGGUUGCCCAUGUAUCUUUUCCUGUCAUUUAUUUGUGCGGGUAGUCGUAGUGUAAGAAACAAAACCUCAAUAUAUUCUACGUUUUUGUUGCUCACGACAUUUCACCACCCUUUAGUUACAACACUUUUAUACUAGACGUGUUCUUGACGAGCUGUAGUAAGUGUUCCGAGAGAGAUGUCUUCAAGAAUAAGCAUGUUGCACCUUUGCCCGACAUUACUGCGCGAUAAACUCGCGCUAUUUGUUAAGCCAUCCUGUGCCUCCUGCUCUAUUGUCGGAUCCAUUGAGACAUCAAAUAAACUAAGGUUGCAAU